CUAACUUAAUCAUUUAUAAAACUGGUUAGUAAAUCAAUCAUAGAAUUCUAGCAAGUAUUCGUUGUUACUAUUUCAAGAAAUUGGUAAGUUUUUUGAGAAAAUAAUAUAUUGAGAAAAUGCAAUUUCUACACAUCAUACUAUAUGCAUAACGCCUGAUGUUCGUUCCCUUCCUGAAGUGAUGUUUGAUUUAUUCUCUGAUCAGUUUAGUAUACAGUAAUAUGUUGCCAACUCAAAUCACCUAACCUUUGAUCUGAAAUUCAAUAUUUUCAUUUCUAUGUUUUUAAUUCGAAACAAAAUGAAGAUAUAUGUUUAAUUUCGAUCUUCACCAGUUACAUUCAUUCCGUGCAAUCAUUGUGGUAAGGUUAUUAACCAUAUUUUAGAACAUGAGCAAUCUAAUUGGGCAGACCUUCUUAUGUGUUCUAUAUUUAAAUCGGAUUGGAUACAUUCUAACUACUGAAAAGCUUAAUUAUUGGUGUUCUAAAUUUACUAGUAACACAUAUUCAUAAAUUAAUGAAACUUACUGAGACGAAGGUUUAUUCGAUUAAUUUCACUAUGGAACCUGUCAAAGACUUCCCUAGAAUCACCUCAGUAGUUAGACUCAAAGUUAUGAUAAUCUUGGCAGUUUCAACUGUUACAUUUGGAAUUUGGUACAUGUGGGGUCUUAGCCUAAACGAAAUAGGUCAGUAUAUUUCAAACUACCAAAACCUAGCAAUAUGGAAUAUGGUUAAACAGCCUGUUUAUUAUCCGAACUUCAAAGUUUUCAGAAAUGACGUAAUGAUUGGGCGUCUUCUGUUAAAUAAAACCAAGAAACAUGAAAUUAUCAUCUACGGGCGGAUGUUGGCAGAUAUGAACAAAGAUGUAACAAAUUGUCCAGUGAACAAUUGUGUUAUUCAUACUGAUACAACGCGUUGGAUUCAAAGUGAUCUUAUUUUAAUUCCAAACAGACAAUUUCCUUCCGGAAAGCGUCCACAUCAACAGGCUUGGGUGGCAUUUGAGUAUGAAUCAGCACUCCAUACUCGAUUUAGUGAUGAACUUAAUGAUAAAAUUAACUUCACUGCAUCAUAUCGAUUUGAUUCAACUAUUCGCACACCUUAUGGAAUGUAUACACCGAAUGAACCUAAAACAGAUGAUAUCAAUAAAACAAUCCAUUCGACAAAAUCGGAGAAUAUAGCGAAAGGAAAAGACAGAGCUGUUGCCUGGAUAGUGAGUAACUGUUAUCCUAGGAGUCCAAGAAAUGUUUAUGCAAAUGAACUGGCUAAAUAUAUUACAGUUGAUGUGUAUGGUCGAUGUGGUCGGAUGACCUGCUCUGGUUCGCAAUGUUUUGAUUUGGUACGGAAACAUUACAAGUUUUACCUGAGUUUUGAAAAUUCACUAUGCCAAGAUUAUAUAACAGAAAAGUUCUUCUUCAACGCACUAAUGAACAAUGCAUUACCCAUUGUUAUGGGUGCCUCGAUUGAGGAGUAUCAGAAGGUUUCACCACCUCAUUCUUUCAUUCAUGUGGAUCAAUUUGAGAAUCCGGAAGAACUGGCCAAAUAUCUGAAGUACCUUGAUAAAAAUGACACUGCAUACAACGAAUAUUUCGCUUGGCAUAAAAGGGGUGUUGUAACUGUAUGGUCGUUCAAGCCGGAGUGUGAAUUUUGCAUACUUGCAAAUGCUCUUCCUUACUUCGAGCCAACUAUACAUGAAAACUUUAUGUUUUGGUGGAAGGAUGGAUGUAAAAACAGAACAUUAAGAUGGAAUAAAGCAAUUUAAUUAUUUGUAAAGAAAAUGAAGGAAAUUUGAUGAUGAGUAGCCUAGAAUUAUCAAAGACGGUAUUUGUACAUAUAUCUCUUUCAGUUAACAUUUUAUUUUUCUACUUCUUCGAAGUGUAAUCCAUUAUAAGAUCACAGUAGAACGUUCUCUUUCAAUCUUCAUGUUUUUAAAUCUGACCUUCAAGAAGCCAUCGACUGCUUUAUUUUGAUGUAUCCUGUUUUCUUACUAGCGAGCAUACUUUUUCUGAAUUUCUAAUACUUCUAAUAGUGAAAUUAGUUAAAUAUUUAACUGUAUUCACUUCAAUCACGAAUGUAUAUAUGGUAAAAAAAAUUUCCUUCGCCUUUCUACGAUAAAUAGUUUUGAGUGAUUUCGCUAUAACCGAACUAUGGUGUUUGAAUGAACUAAUGAUUCCUUUGUACUUGUUUAAUGCUUGAUUUCGAAUUCUAAAUACAGUAAAUUCGUUUGUGA